AUGUUCAAAAGUAAGAAGAUACAUCCAUUCAAUCUGAGGAGUGGCGAUUGGGACCGCAUCAAACAAGUCUUGAAUGAGUUGUUCUUGGAGAGAUCAGUCGACUUGUUCUUGAGGCUAGACUGCCAACCGUUCCCAAUGAAACAUAUCGACAUGUUGACAUCACUGCUCGUGACAGAGUGCAUAAAGAACAAUGAUCUCAUCAGCAUGCUCCCAGAUAGUUUAAAGACAUUGGAGUUAUCUUCAGAGUGUAAAUGGAAUAGACCCAUUAAGAUUGGAUCCCUCCCGAGUCAUUUGGAGACAUUGGUGUUCAAUCCUCACUUUGACCAAGUUAUCCAAGUUGGGACCUUCCCUGCAUCACUCACCUCGCUCACAUUGGGACAAUCAUUCAAUCAAUCACUCAAUGGUGUGUUGCCGACAUCAAUCACCUCGCUGGACAUGAGCCGUAUCGUGUCUGCAUAUGAUUACUCGCUGAACAACCUACCUGCCAGCCUGACCACCAUCCAUCUUCCAAUGUUCUAUAACAAUGAUAUCAAUCAUCCACCACUGGAGCGACUCUAUGUCGACUACUUCGUCCCAUCACUCAAUCCAAUGCCCGCACUCACUGAGCUCACAAUUAGCUCCCUCGAUCCUUCAAUCAACUUUGCUCUCUUUCCACGACUGACUCGACUGGUGAUUGUACGAGCCAACGAUUCAAUUUGCACAUCUUUGCUGCCAUGGUCCACUCUCAAGUCUGCCAGUCUUUGUUGUGUAUUGGUCACAUGGAUCGAUCGUCAGGUGAUCAUCAAAGACUUGAUUCCAAUGGGUGUGGAGUCGCUUAAGCUUGGCCGUUGCAACUUCAUCGAUGUCCCGCCAGGCAGCCUUCCAUCAUCGCUCACACACCUAACCUUGACUCGUGCCGACAACAUCAAGCCAGGUGAUAUACCAGCAUCGGUUACAUCAUUGGAACUAUGGUCAUUUUAUCAGAGGUUGGACAUUCUAAUCACAUGUCUGCCACCGUCAAUUCGUGCACUGGGAUUUCACAAAAAGGUGAUUAUCGAUGGAUGUGGCUUCAUGGACCUGUCAUCACUUAAUAAAUUCUUCAUUCCGUCUGUAUGA